AUGUAUCUUUGUUUUUUUCAGCUUGUGGACCUUGAAACCGUUAGGCCGAGGGAUUUGGCUACUCUUAACGCCAGUGGACUGCCAAUCCGCGGCCAGACUAAACUUGAUAAACGGCCGCGCUCGCUCUACGUCACUGGUCAUUCCAUCUACGACGUAGAGGACUUUCGGCAAGCACUCUCCCUGAACUACCUGUACACCGAGAGUUUCCGUCCCUUUACUGUUAAUGAGCAACCUGUGAUUGAAAUCGCCUUCCGAACGCGUGACUUCGCAGAGGCUGCUACGCGCCUUUUCCCACAAUUUCACGGACGCCAGCUAGUUAUGUCCUUUUCACCACCUGAUUUCCUCUCCACCGCUGUGUUACCGACCUCCGACUCCUCGGGCAAGGGCGUGAUCCCUAGCCCAAAAUCCAGCGGAUCAGCAGCCUUGGCCCAGGAGCACGACAACCGGGAUGUGCGAAUUGAGGUGAGUGACCCAGAAGCCUGA